AUUUACACUCUCGUUCUCUCUCUCUAAUGCUCUUCUUCUCCACCAAUUGUCAGCCUUUUAUCUUUUAUGGUGCCUUUCUACUAAAACCCCAAUCUCCCUCUCUCUUUCUCCUUAAUUGCCUUUCAUCUUUUUCAGAUCUCACCACCUCCACUUCCAAUUUGUCCUUUCGAUCUAAUCUCUUCUCUUACAGCACACAUUGGUUGCAAAAAUGAGUUCAAGAGGCGCGGGUGGAAGGGCUUCAACUGCUGGUCGUAGUAAUAAUGCAUCAUCCAGAGGGAAAAAUGCAACAGAAGUCUCUAGCCCUAAGGUUGAGCAGUUGGGUCAAGGUGUAGUAGACAUUAGUUUGGAUGAUGCACAAGAUGAUGGGGAAUGGGAGAUAAUAUCACGGAAGUCUAAGAACAGAGCUGGAAGCAGUGCUGCAAAACCCUGGGGUUUUCAAAAUUCUAAUCCCAAAGCAUGGGGAAACCCCGAUGUGAUAAAGAAGCAAGGCAUGCGAAAUAAUUUUGGAUCAGGAAGGAUGUCUGCAAAUGCAUGGUCAACUCAAGUUUUGGAUUCUAAGAGGCUAACUAACAGAGGAAAUACCGGGCCACAAUCAUCCAACAGGGGCUCAGAGAACAACUACGUGGCUCCACAAUCUGUGAUUCCCCCACCACUGGAGCAUGGAUGGAAUUGGCAAUCUAGAGUUGCUGCUACUGCUCCUAAUAUUUCAGAAGAUGGUAAAAAAAAAAAUGAAGAUACUGAAGUUAACAAGGAAAGUGAUGUUGAUUGUGAAGAUGAUGAGGAGGAAGAUGCCAUGGAUGAUACAGAUGAUGAGCUUCUUAGUGAAGACUUCGAUUCAGAUGCUAGCCAAAAGAGUCAUGAUACUCGCAAGAAUAGUAGAUGGUUCAAGAAAUUUUUUGAGAGUUUAGACAAUUUGACUGUUGAGGAGAUCAAUGAACCAGCAAGACAGUGGCACUGUCCAGCAUGCCAAGGUGGUCCUGGUGCCAUUGACUGGUACAGAGGCCUGCAGCCCCUGAUCACACAUGCCAAAACAAAGGGAUCAAAAAGGGUGAUGCUUCAUAGAGAGCUAGCAGAACUUUUGGACGAGGAGUUGCGCAGAAGGGGAACUUCAGUUAUUCCAGCUGGUGAAGUAUUUGGAAAAUGGAAAGGUUUAAAAGAUGAGGAAAAAGAUCAUGAAAUAGUUUGGCCUCCAAUGGUUAUCGUUAUGAAUACAAGGCUUGAACAGGAUGAGAACGAUAAGUGGAUUGGAAUGGGCAAUCAAGAGCUUCUUGACUACUUCAAUGGAUAUGCUGCUGUGAAGUCUAGACACUCGUAUGGUCCACAGGGACAUCGCGGUAUGAGUGUUCUGAUAUUUGAGAGCUCUGCAAGAGGUUAUUUGGAAGCUGAACGACUGCAUAAGCAUUUUGCUGAACAGGGAACUGAUAGAAAUGCUUGGGAUCGUCGUCGUGUCUUGUUCCAUCCUGGUGGUAAGCGCCAACUCUAUGGUUACAUUGCAGUUAAGGAAGACUUGGACAUCUUCAAUCAGCAUUCACAAGGGAGGUCGAAGCUGAAAUAUGAGAUGAGGUCUUACCAGGAAAUGGUGGUGCGCCAAAUCAAUCAAAUGAGCGAGGAUAACCAGCAACUUAUUUGGUUGAAGAGCCGGGUUGAUAAAGAACAAAGGAAGACUAAGACUCUUGAGGAAUCUCUUGAAAUAGUGUCUGACAAGCUGCGCAAGACUGCGGAGGAAAACCGUAUUGUAAGGCAGAGAACCCAGAUGCACCAUGAACAGAGCCAGGAAGAGUUGGAUUUCCAAGAGCAAUUUUUCAAGGAUCAACUCAAAGUUAUCCAUGAAGCAAGGGAUGCAAAGGAAGAGGAUUUUGAGCAUCUACAACAGAAGGAAAGGGAGAAAGCAAAGCAGCUAAGUGCAAAUCCUUCUAAUACUGAGGAAUAUAGGCGCAGGGUGGAAGAAAUGGAGAAAUUUAUACAAUUUCAAGACAAAGAGAUGAAAGACUAUGUAGCAGAGAGAGAUAGGCUUAUCAAAGCACAUGAGGAGAAGUUUGCUGCAAUGAAGAGGAGGCAUUGGGAAGAAGAGUUUGAGUUAGAGAAAGAGUUUGAUGCUGAACUAACAUGUUUGAUGGAGAAAUACACACAUCCACAGAGGGCGAAAGGCUCUAAUAAUGUAUGAUGCUCCAUGGGUAAGAGGGGGCAAAUUUAACAACAAAUUCCUAAAGUUUGAAGACAUUUUGAUAUUUCUCUUUCUUUGAAAACAACCUGCAAAGAAUAGGAAAUAUCUGAAGAAAGCCAAAAGCCAAGCUGUGUGGGUCACUGUAGCCUAUCUUUUGAUGGGCCUUGCUUUCAUAUAUGGUUAACAUGACUAAAUGAUGAUUGAAAAUUUUAAAAAUUUUACCAUGGCGCCGCGGAAACGUUAUGCAACUAACAGCUGGUUGUUCUCUGCAUUUGCUAUCACUUACCUUUUCCUGGCUAGGAGCUAACCAUGCGUCCCUCGGUGAUGUGUAAGCUUUGGGUUGGAUUGAUUUUUAACGCAACGAUAUUUUUGUUUAGGGUAAAGAACAAAAAAUGUAUAUUAUGUGGUUUGGUAUUUGUAUAGUUAGGGAUAUUUUUUAACAAAUUAGUGCUCUAAAAAUAAUGCCCCUUUCAAGAAAUGGACAACUGAAAGUGAGUUUUAUUGGAAA